GGGGGCGUGUACGUCAGCGGAGGGAGCGUGCACGGCGUGGGGGGUGGGGAGCGAGCCCAGACUUCUGAUGCCGUUCUGUUUGGGCCCAUUAACUGGCAGCAGCAAUGGGUGUAAAGGGCCUCCAGAGAUUCAUGGAUUGCGCCUGCCCACAAUCGAACAUUUGGGUAAAUUUGAAGGAGAUGGCAGAGCAGCAUUGCCGUUUGCACCCAGGUCAUUCUCCUGUUGUGGUGGUGGAUGCUAUGGGAUGUCUCCGGUUCUGGUACACGUCAGAGGCUUGGGUGCAUGGUGGGCAGUGGCGUGAGUAUUUGCAGAGCCUAGACACCUUUGUAGCUGCUUUUCGAUCCCAUAACAUAGAGUUGGUGUUUUUCUUUGAUGGGGUAAUAGAACAGAAGAAAAGGGACGAAUGGGUUAAGCGACGGCUGAGGAACAAUCAAGAAAUUGCAGAAAUAUUUCAGUAUAUAAAAGCAAAGGCCAGUCAGCCAGGAAGAGACAUGUUCUUUAUUCCCUCUGGGCUGGGCACGUUUACUCGUUUUGCCUUGAAGUCCAUGGGCUUAAACACCAUGUGCUCCCUACAAGAAGCCGAUUAUGAAAUCGCCAGUUAUGCCCGGUUAAAUGAUUGUAUGGCAAUCCUGGGGCAGGACACGGAUUACGUCAUUUACGACACAGUGCCGUAUCUUUCAGUUAACAAGCUGUGUUUGGACAAACUGACAACAGUUAUGUACUCCCGAGAAAAUCUCUGCCACUCCCUCCACCUGCAGCUGGUGGACCUGCCACUUUUAGCCUGCCUUCUUGGCAAUGACGUGGUGCCAGAAAAUGUGGUAGGAGGAUUGAAGCGGCAUUGCUUGUCUAGAUACACUCCACAUAAUCCCAAGCCAACUAAGAGAAAGGAGGUGGUCGAGGCAGUCGCACAUUAUAUCUCCACUGUGACCCGUUCAUAUGAUGGUUUGAGAACGAUAGAGAGACGUCUGCAGUACACUUCAACUGAAAGCCUUCUGGAGCUGGGAAUGACAACUUACUUACUGCCCGGGCAGUCCUCACCCUGGCUUCUUCACAAUGUGCCAUCUCCAGUGACAAGCCAAUAUGAAAAUACCAUGUACACAGACCAAAGGAUUUUACAAUUUGCAAAGGAGCGGCACAUCAAAGCUGAAAGCUGCACAGUUUACAAAGUUCUGAACGUUCGGGAAGUGGAUUGCAGCAAUACUCUGGAGGAUGCAUUGGAUACUGAACUUCCAGGACAGGCCAUUGUUUACCAACCAGCUCGACAGUGCAUUUAUGGUAUUAUUCUUUCAGCUGAAUCAAAAAGCCAACUUGAAACUGCCAAAGCAUGUCCUAUGGUAAAGGAGUGGUUUGUAUAUCCAGGCAACAUGCUGCAGCAGCCGAAUCUUGUGCCAGCGCUAGCACCUGAUGUACCAGGAGGAACUCCGGAUUUACAAACCUUGUGGCUGACGGAAGGGUCAGAGGUUAAGAAAUUACGUUACUGCACAUUUCUCGCAUGUUUUGGCUUACAGGAUUUUGCUGAGGAGUUACUUCCUCUUAAGCCUUCCAGUGCUGCUGUUUGCUGCCUGCUGACCUAUGUUACACUGCAGGUAAACACGAUCAGUUGGGAGGACCUGGAUGCAUAUUUAUCUCAGGCUCUCAUUGUCCGGGACAAGACAGCUGAUCAGCUUGCUCAGAGAAAGGUAUCCUGUGUUGACUCUCGGGCUGUGCACCUGGCCUUCCUCUUUGUUCGAGGCCUGUCCAUACUUGUCUCAGCUAAUAGUGCUUGUGGCUUUCCAUUUCAAAUGGGCGACCUGAUGCCGUGGGAGGUGUUUGACGGAAAACUUUUCCACACAAAGUACCUGCAGUCGCACAGUGGAUAUAAAGCAGAGGACCUUCUAGAAAGGAAUGAUAUUCUGCUGCAGGAAUUCCAGGAGCUGAAGUCCCUCAUUAACAGUAUUUGUGUGAAAAAGAACAGGGACAUUCAGAGCCGGCCCCGGCUGCACACAACAGAACAUUGGGAAAGGCCUAGUGCCUACGGUGGAGGAGGUCGAUAUCACAUGGCACAGCAGGAACAGCAGCUGCCUGCGUAUUGUCCAUACCGUGCCUAUCGCCCAGAUUAUCAGGCAAGGCAGCCGCAGCCUCCAACACAAAUAGGUGGAAUACCUCAAUCAAGAUCAGGACCCUACAACAGGAGGCCACAGAGCGGUCCACGGUGGUCUGGAUUUCAAGGUUCUCGUCCUGGCUUGUAUUAAUCAGAUUGUAGAAUUUUAAAGCGUGGAAAAGGCCAUUUGAUGUGAAGGAAGAUGCAGCAUUGAUUUAUCUUGAAUCCGCAGGAAAAUUACUGGAAAGCUUCUUCGACUUAUUGAUGCAACAAUUGAAUUUUUGUACAGAUCCUUCAAAAUAUUAAAUAUAAUUUAUGGGA